UACACGCAAGCGUAGAUUUCGGGUUUAACCGCCUGGUUGCCUUGGAAACCGGGAGGCAAUAAGAGGUGGAUUGAGGGGGAAGAAAAGCGUUUCCAGGUCAUUCCAAUCAUGGAGAAAAAAGCAAGGCAACAAAGGGGGGCAGAGGAAUGGUGAUAGAGAUAGAAACAAGAGAAUCUCCACGACAGUCUCCAAAGCAGAAAGAGGCGUUUCAACAAACUCCAGCCAAGGAACCGGCUUACAAAUGAGUUCUACACACAGGUCUACAGAUGGCUGGGAAGAGCAGGAAGAUGCGUGUAGUGAUGUAGCCUACUCGGAAAAGGAAUGUCAUUCGCUUCAUGGGCGGAUCCAAGGGCCACUGCCUUACACUCCAUACAUAGCCGAAGAGGGGGGCCGCCAUUGGACCGACAAGGAAGUGCGCGCUCUGCUGUGCGUGUGGGCCGACCGAACCAUUCGGGACCAACUCAAGUGCACACUUCGCAACAAGUCAAUUUUCCAGGAAAUGGCCCAUCAGAUGCAACAGAACUUUGGCGUGGUGCGGAACUGGAAGCAAUGCCGCACCAAGUAUAAAAACCUCAAGUACGAGUACAAGACUGCCAGGAACGUGCAGGCCACAGGGAGCGGAGUGGGUCCGGGGAAGUAUAUGAAGUUCUUUGACGAGGUGGAAGGCAUUCUGACCGAUAGGGAACUGGACAUCGGGGCCUGGUGUAAUGGAGACAUGGAAGCAGGAAUUCUGGGAUCUCCGGCAGGCCAGACGCCGCAGACCAUCAGAGCGUCCGAGAGUGAGGUCAUCAUAGAAAUUGACGAUGAUGACAGUGACGACUAUGAGAAUGAUGUUGAUAUGGAGCAGAGACUGAAAGGAACAGAUACCUACCUAUCUUCAAACCUUGCUGCGUCAGGCAGUGGCCAGUUCCAUGUGGUAACUGUAUCGGACACGGGCCGGAACUGGAGUGACCAGGAGAUCCGGGCGCUUAUUCAAGUUUGGUCUGAGGAGGGCAUGUGCAAGCAGCUGGAGAACUCCACCAGAAAGAGGGACAUCUUUGUCCAGAUCUCAAACAGGUUAAUGCUGCAGGGCGUUGAGAGAGACUGGAAGCAGUGCCACACCAAGUACAAGAACCUCAAGUACCUGUAUCGCUCUCUGCAGAAGGGGAAGGCGGAGGGCACCGACCCGCGGCGCCUCAUGAGGUUCUAUGACGAGGUAGAUGCCCUUCUGACCCGCACCAGUACUGACUCUCCAUGUGUGAUGGGAUACACAGAGCCCUACAUUGAGCCAGACGGACUCUCAAGAAUGACAGGCGAUGAGGGGAGAAGCACGGCUGGUGUCAGUCCGACAAAAUCGUUGACCACCAAGUCAAAUCCUGGCAUUGGGGAAGACGGAACCCAAAAUACUGAUACUUUCUUGUCUACAAGCUUGGAGGUCAUACAAUGUAUUCACGAUGCAGAAUCUAAGCCACAUGUAGUCAUGGAACAGAGUUUGGGGCAACAACCACAGAGAAGCGUUUUACGUCAUGCAGAAACAACGUUUUCGGAAAACAGAGGAAUAAAGAGAAAAGCUGUACAUCAAGAUACCACAGUGAGACUUGCGAAACGACUCGUUACCAGUAAAGAAGAACAGGACGACAUUCCGAUAAUAGAGAUGAGUUCAGUUCGUUCUUUCUGGGCAUCUAAACCGAUCACGGACAGCAAGGUAACCUCGAUUCCCCCCGUAUUACUACCAAGUGGCAAGAACCAAAGCAAUUGUACUAGUACAACAAAAAAUGCAACUAAACAACUUAUAAAAGCUGUAGGCCCAACAUGUUUUGGGCUGUGAAUUGAGGAACAUGAUCCCUGGUUAUUGGUGGAAUGAGUACAAGGGAAGA